AUGACAACAGAAGUUCCCAGAAACAUCCCCAGUCGGAUGUCUUACAGAUCCCAGAGGGGUGAUCCAAUAAUAGAAUCAACCCCGGGAUUCUCGCACACCAACCAGUACAACACUGCAAUUACUGAUGUUCAGCCUCAGUAUUACACUUUCGAUCAAGUCUCUCCGUUUCAACAACUAAACACCACACAACCACACCAUUACAAUGACAGAUCAGCCAUGUACUACGACAAAAGUGGGAUCCCAUACCAGUCUACGGAUCUGGUUUUCACACAAGAUAACAAGCAAACCUUGUUCGGGAGGCUUAAGGGCAAAAAGGGACAUCGGUUCAGCCCAACUGCUGGCCAAUCAGAUGACAAUAUGAUUGAUCCCAUGCCCGUGGCUGCCAAUGUGAAUGCCUACACCCGUGGGGCAUGGAUGAGAAACUCCGUGGAUUACGACACAGAAAAUUGGAGUCCACCAGCACCGCGAAUAAUGGUGACAGAAGCAAAUGAAGGCACUUUUCGCUCAGAAAAUGGUAAUCGCAUUCCUUCUGGCGUUGUUUCAUUUGCAGGAGCCGAAUCGUCGGGGCCAUCUCCUUCUGCGAGACCUGAGUCGAUUCAGACCCGCAGAAAAGUUUCUGGACCUGGGCGCGAUUCUCCGCUGGAUUCUGAAGAUGUUCAAAGCCAGUGGGUACCAAACAAAUUGUGGACUUACGUUGCAUCUUAUCUGCCACAAGCUGAGGAAAAGGAGAAGGGACCGGAGCCAACGACUCAACCAGAAGAGCCAGAUCGCCAACAGGCACAAUCGGUGAUCAGAGAUGUUCCACCUUUGCCCGUACCUCCAGAAGACAAUCAACCUUUGACUAUUCCGGCUCCUAGGAACAGAAAAAAUUUUAGACAGAUUUGGGAUAACGCAAAACGGCUGAAGCGGACCAAGAAGGAAGUUGUGGGGAGACCAUUGACUUUUGAGGAGUUUUUCAGUAACACAGACGAUUUCAGUGUCCCACCUAUAUUCGAGAACAAGACUGGGUACAAAGAGAGCAGAGUGAAAUCCACGCUGCCAACCAGGACGUACCAGAGAAAGUACGAGGAGACCAUCAACGAUUCAUGCAACGGAUUGCACGAGAGGACCCGCCGCACAAGAGAGGUUUUCAUGAACGGAGUACAGAAAAGAGAGAGGGUCAGUGAGGAGACGGUCAAGUCUGUCAACUGGAGUACUUCAAAUGAUGUCAACGAAGAGGCAGCCUUGAACUACAUGAAAAAUAUCAGGGAUUAUCACGAGCUGAUGACUGGGAUGAAGUAUCCUUCAAAAAUACCUGAACUUGAAAGGCCAUCGCAACAGCUCAUUCCUGCAAUCAGGAAAAUGAAUCCAGCAAGACUAUUUGCUAGUUACGGCAGAUCGUCAAGAAAUGUACAAAAUGAUCAGGAUAACUUACCUCACACCGCACAGGUCGAAUCUGGGCCCAGAUUGAAACUUCUGGGUGCGCCUUCUCCAGAUUCCACCAUCAUGCUUUCGAACAUUCACAAUCUCCUCACCAAGAUCCCUUAUAUCGGUGGCUUUUUUGAACCAUUGUCCUCGAUUUCGAGCAGGUUUCCGGAAAUGCAAGUAGUGAUAGUUGGGGUCGAACUGUUGAUAUUUGCCGUUCUGCUGUACGAAAUACACAGGAUGAUAGAUAGCAUGACUAUGGUGGUUAUGACAUUCUGUUCUCCUUUUAUCACCUUUGUGAGGUUUUUUGGGUUUGUCUAG